AUGCUUAUUUACAAAGAUAUCAUCUCAGGUGACGAAUUAUUAUCAGAUGCUUAUGACAUCAAAGUCGUUGACGAUGUCAUCAUCGAAGCUGACUGUACCAUGGUUACCGUUGGUGGUGAUAAUGUCGAUAUCGGUGCUAACCCAUCUGCUGAAGGUGGUGAUGAUGAAUUAGACAGUGCUGCUGAAACUGUUAACAACGUUGUCUACUCAUUCCGUUUACAACAAACCCAAUUUGACAAAAAAUCAUUCUUGACUUAUAUCAAAGGUUACAUGAAAAAAGUUAAAUCUCAUUUACAAGAAAAAAACCCAGAUCAAGUUGAAAUUUUUGAAAAAGGUGCCCAAAAAUACGUUAAAAAAGUUAUUGGUUCUUUCAACGACUGGGAUUUCUACACUGGUGAAUCAAUGGACCCAGAUGGAAUGUUGGUUUUAUUAAACUACCGUGAAGAUGGUACUACUCCAUUCGUUGCUAUCUGGAAACAUGGUGUCUCUGAAGAAAAAUUAUAA